AUGUUUUAUGACCUUAAUGUCCCCUAUAGCCUCGAUGAUCCCGAGAUCUCGCCUACUUUAAGCUUUCUUGCAGAACUCGGUUACACAACCGUCGCUCUCUCGCAGACUAUUACCGGAAAACUUCCUUCGAAUCCUGCUCCCCCACCUGCUCCCAAGAACGUUCCCCAGGGCCUGACGCUGCUCAACCGCCUGAACCUGACCCUCUCCGACCCCGCGCAGAACCAACGCGUCGCUAGUCUCUCCCAAGUGUAUGAUCUCGUUGCGCUGCGACCCACCAAUGAGAAGGCGCUGCUGAACGCAUGUACCAACCUAGAGUGCGAUGUGAUAUCUGUGGAUUUCUCGGUUCGACAACCGUACCAUUUUAAGUUCAAAAUGCUCUCUGCCGCCAUCGCACGUGGAAUACGGAUUGAGAUUUGCUACGGCCCUGGAGUCACGGGAAGCGGCACGGACGCUCGACGCAACCUUAUCGGCAAUUCCAUGUCAUUGAUCCGGGCGACACGCGGGAGGGGCAUUAUCAUCUCCAGCGAGGCGAGAAGAGCUUUGGGCGUGCGGGCACCGUGGGAUGUGAUCAAUCUCGCCUGUGUUUGGGGGCUGUCACAGGAGCGCGGGAAAGAAGCCAUCUGCGAGGAGGCCAGGAAAGUGACCGCGUUAGCCAAGCUGAAGCGGACCAGCUGGCGCGGAAUUGUCGACGUUGUUGACGGAGGGCAAAAGCCCAAGCCCAAAUCUGACACCCCGGUAACCGGUCAGAAGAGUGCCGCCUCCAAACCGAAAAACAACAGCGAGGGACAGGGUAACGCGGACAGUUUGAAAAGGAAGGCAUCCGUUGGGUCCGAGACGGUUGAGGCGGAGAAGCCCCUUUCCAAGCGUGAGAUAAAACGCAGGGCCAAGAAAGCGAAAUUGAAUGUGGUCGAUGGAGAUGGUAGUGACACGGGGGCAGCCACCAACAGUUAA